ACAUCAAAAAUAUUAGGAAAUAAUAUUUUUCAAUCAGCCAACAUUUAUUUAUAAAGCAUGUUUAAAUAUGUCAUAAAUUGAUCCAAAGUGCUGUACAAUCGAAAAAGGUAAAACAAUUAAACAGUAACAACAACAUCUCUAGACAAUUUCACUGGCUGAAGAAGAAACAUACGAUUUAAGGGAAGAUUUAGAAAUAGCUAAUGAUGACACAGACCUCACAUGAAAGGGGAAACUAUUCGAAAGUUUGGAUUCGGCCACAGAAAAAGCCCGAUCACCCUUGGAUUUACAUCGACAACGGGGGACAGACAAAACAAGAACUCCAAAUGGCAGAAACGGCUGAAAGUAAGAAAGAGGAGGCAGACUACAAGAGACUACACAGCUUUCCUCUCAUUAGGCACACGGACAUGCCAGAGGAGAUGAGAGUCGAAACCAUGGAGCUGUGUGUCACAGCCUGUGAAAAGUUUGCCACCAAUAAUGAGAGUGCAGCUAAGAUGAUCAAGGAGUCCAUGGAUAAGAAGUUUGGGAGUUCCUGGCAUGUGGUAAUAGGCGAGGGUUUUGGAUUCGAGGUGACUCAUGAAGUAAAGAAUUUGUUGUACAUGUUCUUCGGUGGCAGCCUGGCGGUGUGUGUUUGGAAAUGCUCCUAGCGCUGAUGCCAGUCCAGCCUCUUUCCUGUCCAUCCACACACUACCUACUUUUAUAUAUUUAUAUACCUGUAUUCACAGUACUGUUUCAGCUAUGCAGACCUUUUUCUACUCGACCUUUGUGUGCAUGUGUGUUUAUGUAAUGUUUGUAUGUCUGAGAGAAAACCUGACAGUAUAGGCCGUUUAUAGCUCACCUCCUCUUCUACUGUAUUUUAAUUUUUUUGUGCUAUUUUACUUUGAAUGCAGGGGUUCAUUGUGGAGUUUAUGUAGAUCCUGUUCUCAGCCUCCACUUCCAGUAUUGAUUAAUAACUUCUAAUAAUUGUCUCAGUGAAUUAUAUGGACCACUAUACACCAGGGUGAUGAAAAAUGGACGACACACUGGCAGGGUUAGGGUCAUUUUACGUCUAGUGGACAGAUUUAUAUAACGUUCUGUUGGUCUGUGUGCCACUGCAUAGCACUGCUGUAGUACUUGACCCCAGUGUGAGUUUUAAAGUGCAGUUUGUAAUGUGUAAUUGUUUCUCGACCUGUAAUAAUCACAUAAUCUCAAAGAUACCUUAGAAAAACUGUGAUUUGCAGUAUUGGCAUGGAGUGGAUCGGCUAGUGUCUUUUAUCUCAGGCUUCUGUUUACACUUUUCUGGCCCGGAAAUAAGCUCCACCCCCAGCCAGAUCAGAGCUGCUCAGGUCUGCCCUCAUUUAAUGCCUUAGGGGAGGCAGCAGAGGGCUCUAAAAAUUACAAACUGCUUCUUUAAGAAACAUGUGUUCUCUGUGUUGAUGUGUGAGAGAGAAGAGUACUUGUCGUCUUCGUGUACCUCCACAUCAGAUAUCUUUUAAAAAAAUAAUAAUAAUUUAAAAAUUUUAAAAAAAGAUCACGUUUAGUAAUACCCCUUCCUUUUCCCCUUCAUUUUGCCUGCUGUACAAUCUGUUUCAAAGAGCUUCCUCUGUAUUUUCUUGAUGUUUUUUUUCACAAUUUUCUCUCACUGUUUUCUUUACUAAACCAGCAUUUCUAUCAAGUGUGCCCUGUCGAUUAACUUGAAUACAAGUGCAAAUCUUUUUCAAUAAAUAAAAAUGUCAAUAGA